UAGAAGAGAGAUAAACCGAGAAGGUCUAGGAGAUAGAAUCUUUUGUUCUUCUUUUGUCUCUCCUUGCUCGAUUUUGUUACGUGUGAAGCAAAAAAAAGAAAAACUGAUAUAGCUAUAUCUUCCAUUCAGUCAGAGGCUUCUAAAUCUGAUCUGACAUGGAACAAGUAUUUGCUGAUUGGAAUUUUGAAGAUAAUUUUCACAUGUCCACUAAUAAAAGAUCAAUCAGACCAGAAGAUGAACUAGUGGAGCUACUGUGGCGAGAUGGUCAAGUGGUUUUACAAAGCCAAGCUCGUAGAGAAUCGUCAGUUCAAACCCACAAACAAGAAUCCCUAAGAAAACCCAACAACAUUUUUCUUGACAACCAAGAAACAGCACAAAAGCUUAACAACUCUGUUCUUCAAGAUCAAGAAACCGUCUCCUGGAUCAAUUACCCUCCCGAUGACGUCAUCGACCCUUUUGAAUCCGAGUUCUCCUCUCAUUUCUUCUCUACGAUCGAUCACGUCCACGGUCCAGAGAAGCCACGGACGAUCGAAGAAACGGUUAAGCAUGAGGCUCAAGCCAUGGCUCCUCCUAAGUUUAGAUCCUCGGGUAUAACUGUCGGACCAAGCCAUUGCGGGAGCAACCAGUCUACAAAUGUUCAUCAGGUGACUACACUUCCGGUUUCUAUGAGUGAUAGAAGCAAGAACGUCGAAGAAAGACUUGACACUUCGUCAGGUGGCUCCUCCGGUUGCAGCUACGGAAGGAACAACAAAGAAACCGUUAGUGGAAGAAGCGUAACCAUUGACCGUAAAAGAAAGCAUGUAAUGGAUGCUGAUCAGGAAUCUGUGUCUCAAUCAGAUAUAGGUUUGACCUCAACCGAUGAUCAAGCCACGGGUACCAAAUCGAGCCAACGGUCAGGAUCUACACGAAGAAGCCGUGCAGCUGAAGUUCAUAAUCUCUCAGAAAGGAGGAGGAGAGACCGUAUCAAUGAAAGAAUGAAAGCUCUUCAAGAACUCAUACCUCACUGCAGCAAAACAGAUAAAGCUUCGAUAUUGGAUGAAGCAAUAGAUUACUUGAAAUCACUUCAAAUGCAACUCCAAGUGAUGUGGAUGGGAAGUGGAAUGGCAGCGGCAGCUGCAGCAGCAGCAACUCCGAUGAUGUUUCCCGGCGUACAAUCAUCUCCAUACAUUAAUCAGAUGGCUAUGCAAAGUCAAAUGCAAUUGCCUCAAUUCCCGGUUAUGAACAAGUCCACUCCGCAGAAUCAUCCCGGUUUAGUAUGUCAAAACCCGGUACAGUUUCAGCUUCAAGCACAGAACCAGAUCUUAUCGGAGCAGCUCGCUAGGUACAUGGGCGGGUUUCCCCAGAUGCCGCCGGCGGCGAAUCAGGCCGUGCAACAGCCAGCAGACAUGUUGGGAUUUGGAUCUCCGGCGGGACCGCAAAGUCAACUGUCGGCACCGGCGACCACCGACAGUGUUCAUAUGGGUAAAACUAAUCGUCAGCUGCGUAAAGCUAUUUGUGUCUCAACCGACGAGAAGAUGAAGAAGAAGAGAUCACCUUCAGUGAUCGUGAUCGGAGGUGGUAUGGCUGGGAUUGCAGCUGCUCGCACUCUUCAAGAUGCUUCCUUUCAGGUUGUGGUAUUGGAGUCUCGUGACAGAAUUGGUGGACGAGUUCACACUGAUUACUCAUUCGGUUUUCCAGUUGAUCUGGGUGCAUCUUGGUUGCAUGGUGUCUGUAAAGAGAAUCCUUUGGCUGCAGUAAUUGGUAGAUUAGGAUUACCCCUUUAUCGUACUAGUGGUGACAAUUCGGUUUUGUAUGAUCACGAUCUUGAGAGCUAUGCUCUAUUCGAUAAGGCUGGCAAUCAAGUUCCUCAAGAGUUGGUAACAAAAGUUGGCGAAAAUUUUGAGCAUAUUCUGGAAGAGAUCUCUAAAGUCAGGGAUGAGCAGGAUGAAGAUAUGUCAAUAGCUCAAGCUUUUUCUAUUGUAUUCAAGAGGAACCCUGAAUUGAGGUUGGAAGGGCUUGCCCAUAAUGUGCUUCAGUGGUACUUGUGCCGCAUGGAAGGAUGGUUUGCUGCUGAUGCUGAAACCAUCUCGGCGAAGUGUUGGGACCAGGAAGAACUGUUACCUGGUGGACAUGGUCUUAUGGUUAGAGGGUAUCGCCCUGUAAUCAACACUCUCUCGAAAGGUCUUGAUAUCCGAGUAAGCCACAGGGUAACCAAGAUUGUAAGGCGCUAUAGUGGAGUGAAGGUGACUACAGAGAAAGGUGACACGUUUGUUGCGGAUGCUGCAGUCAUUGCUCUUCCUCUUGGCGUCCUAAAGUCAGGAAUGAUAACAUUCGAACCAAAGUUUCCACCGUGGAAACAGGAAGCUAUCAACGAUCUCGGUGUAGGAAUCGAGAACAAGAUCAUACUGCACUUUGACAAUGUCUUUUGGCCAAACGUAGAGUUUCUAGGAGUGGUAGCAGAAACUUCCUACGGAUGCAGUUAUUUCUUGAACCUGCAUAAAGCCACAAGCCAUCCUGUCCUUGUUUACAUGCCGGCUGGUCAGCUCGCUAGAGACAUAGAGAAAAAGUCUGAUGAAUCAGCUGCAACUUUUGCCUUUUCGCAACUCCAGAAAAUUCUUCCAGAUGCAUCUUCACCGAUAAAUUAUUUGGUAUCAAGGUGGGGAUCAGACAUCAAUUCAUUGGGAUCAUAUAGCUAUGACAUUGUGAACAAACCUCACGACCUCUAUGAGAGGCUGAGAGUGCCAUUAGAUAAUCUAUUCUUUGCGGGGGAAGCCACUAGCUCGAGCUACCCGGGGUCAGUGCACGGUGCUUAUUCAACCGGAGUGCUGGCAGCUGAAGACUGCAGGAUGCGUGUGCUUGAGCGCUAUGGAGAGCUUGAACAUGAGAUGGAAGAGGAAGCUCCUGCUUCUGUCCCUCUUCUGAUCUCCCUUCCAACAAGUAAUCACAGCCAGAGGAAACUACAGAACAAUAUUAUCAAUGUUGGUGUUAAAAUCCAAAACCGAUUCAGAGUUGUUUGUAUGGGAAUGCUGGCUCCAAGGAAAUUCCUGCAAAAGAGGAGGAAAAUGGAGGUUUUUAAGGAUGCAGCUGACGAGACGGAUCAGAAGAGAUGGAGAGGGCUAAUGCUAGAGAUUGAAUCAACGGGUUCUGCAGUUCCGGUGCUUAGGCAAUACAGAACUGACGGUGACCAAGGUCUUCCCAGGGAUCUUGUUUUGGGUACUUUGGUUAGAUUUAAGCAGCUUAAGAAAUGGAACCUUGUCAGUGAGAUUCUUGAAUGGCUUAGAUAUCAGAACUGGUGGAACUUCAGUGAAAUGGACUUUUUGAUGCUCAUUACAGCUUAUGGGAAACUAGGAAACUUCAACGGAGCUGAAAGGGUUUUGAGUGUAUUGAGUAAAAUGGGCUCGAGUCCAAAUGUGAUUUCUUAUACCGCUCUCAUGGAAUCUUAUGGGAGAGGAGGCAAAUGUAACAAUGCUGAAGCGAUAUUUCGGAGGAUGCAGUCUUCAGGCCCAGAGCCUUCUGCUGUAACUUAUCAGAUUAUACUUAAGACUUUUGUAGAGGGGGACAAAUUUAAAGAAGCUGAAGAGGUUUUUGAGACUCUUUUAGAUGAGAAGAAAUCGCCAUUGAAACCGGAUCAAAAAAUGUAUCACAUGAUGAUAUACAUGUACAAGAAGGCUGGAAACUAUGAUAAGGCUCGAAAAGUAUUUUCUUCAAUGGUUGGGAAAGGAGUUCCCCAGUCUACUGUCACUUACAAUAGCCUUAUGUCUUUCGAAACUAAUUAUAAAGAAGUUUCUAAGAUCUAUGACCAGAUGCAAAGGUCUGGUAUUCAACCCGACGUUGUAAGUUAUGCUUUACUUAUCAAAGCAUAUGGAAGAGCCAGAAGAGAGGAAGAAGCUCUAUCUGUUUUUGAAGAGAUGCUUGACGCUGGUGUAAGGCCGACACAUAAAGCUUAUAACAUUUUGCUUGAUGCAUUUGCUAUUUCUGGGAUGGUGGAGCAAGCAAAGACUGUCUUUAAGAGCAUGCGGCGGGACAGAAUUUUCCCGGAUCUCUGGUCUUACACAACUAUGUUAUCAGCAUAUGUGAAUGCCUCUGACAUGGAGGGUGCUGAGAAAUUCUUCAAGAGGAUAAAAGUAGACGGAUUUGAACCGAAUAUAGUCACCUACGGGACAAUGAUAAAAGGGUAUGCGAAAGCGAACGAUGUUGAGAAGAUGAUGGAGGUAUAUGAGAAAAUGAGGUUAAGUGGCAUCAAAGCGAAUCAAACCAUCUUAACAACUAUCAUGGAUGCGUCUGGGAGGUGCAAGGAUUUUGGGAGCGCUCUUGGUUGGUAUAAAGAGAUGGAGAGUUGUGGGGUACCACCUGAUCAGAAAGCUAAGAAUGUGCUAUUAUCAUUGGCUUCAACUCAAGAUGAGCUAGACGAAGCUAAGGAACUUACUGGUCUCAGAAAUGAGACAGCAACCAUUAUUGCUAGAGUUUAUGGAUCUGAUGAUGAUGAAGAGGAGGAGGAAGAUAUAAGUAGUGAAUCUAGUGAUGAUGAGGAUGAGGAUGAGGAUGAGGAUGAAGGAGAUGAUGAUGAUGCAAGAGAAACUGUGUUGUAUGAUAAACCACAAGAAGGGUCUUUGGGUUAUGGUAGCUUACCGACGGAAGAACUUGUGGGGUUAUGAAAACUGCGGAAAGAUUUAUUUUUGUAAUCAUCUAAGGCCACAAGAUAAGAUUUUGCAGAAGAGGACUAAGUAGAUCGUCCAUUAUUUUUGUCUGUAGUUAACAAAAAGAUAUAUUUUCU